AUGACCAACGUGUACCACGACCAGUCUACAUCAUAUUCACGCUGGCAUGACCAACGUGUACCACGACCAGUCUACAUCAUAUUCCAUAGUCACCAGACACCCAUCCCUCCACACGUGGUGUACUGGAAGCACAACGAUCGUUUGCUCAACUACGACACUGAGAGGGGCGGUGUCACCGUCACGAUAGACUACGGCACUAAGACAUCCUCACGUCUGGUGAUAGCCAACGCUGUCACUAAGGACUCAGGCAACUACACCUGCGUGGCUCCCAACACCCAACCUGCGGUGGUUCAUGUCUUCGUCAGCCAAGACAAAACGGCAGCGAUUCAGCGGAGAACCUCCGGCUGUCCGGGGAUGCUGUGGGUGUACGGGCGGCCGUGGACGGUGUUUCUCACCUUGGUCUCACUGCAGUGGGCAGCAUCCUCAGUACAGCUUCUCUUAUAGUGCGGAUAAUUACUCAGUCACCACAACCUCUCACAUUUCCCCUUAAACCCUAAUUCCUUUUCUCCUAAAGCCUAUUUCCACCCUCCUACCAAGACUGGACAUCGCUUUCAUCACAGUGAAGUACCGGCUACAGUUCCCGGGACACAGCCUGUUCUGUCCUGCUCACUCGCUGUGGCCCAAAUGUGGCUGUCUGGAAGGCCAUUAAACACAGGCCACUGUGACUCAGGUGUGGCCUCUCUGUGGACAACACCUCACCGCCAGUCGUUUUCUUCAAGAUGACGCACACACACACACACACACACACACACACACACACACACACACACACACACACACACACACACACACACACACACACACACACACACACACACACACACACACACACACCAAGCUUCUAGGUGAAAAAUCUAUGCAUUAAACACUGAGAAUGCGACUAAUGAUAACCAGUCACUGAGUGAUUUUAAAGAACUGUGUCCACACCUGAAAAUCUCUGGCAAGAACUCCCUCUCUUGCCUCAUUAAGGGAACAAAAGCAACACACUGUCACUGAUAACAGAAAGUGGUUGAUGUCAUGUAUCUGAACAUUCAUUUGGAAAUUUCUUAGAGUUCUCCCUCACAGAAGUGGACUUCACUGCAAGUAUAUGGUCAGGUGAUCAUCCCUGCUGUGCGUAGUGUCAUCAACAUUGGUGUGUGUGGUGUCAUCAAUAUUGGUGUGUGUGGUGUCAUCAACAUUGGUGUGUGUGGUGUCAUCAACAUUGGUGUGUGUGGUGUCAUCAACAUUGGUGUGUGUGGUGUCAUCAACAUUGGUGUGUGUGGUGUCAUCAACAUUGGUGUGUGUGUGGUGUCAUCAACAUUGGUGUGUGUGUGGUGUCAUCAACAUUGGUGUGUGUGUGGUGUCAUCAACAUUGGUGUGUGUGUGUGGUGUCAUCAACAUUGGUGUGUGUGUGGUGUCAUCAACAUUGGUGUGUGUGGUGUCAUCAACAUUGGUGUGUGGAUUACAACACUUGGCUCACCAUUUCUGUCGUCUAGUUUUCUUAGUAGAGUAGCUGACUUUUAUAUACCAAACCAGAAACAAUACUCCAAUAUAUGUACCAAAAAAAACUAUAUUGUAAAUUAGCACUUAAAGAAAUGGCGU